UUUGAGGGUAUUAAGCUUCCGAGGGACUACGUUUCGCAUCCGCCUUGAGAAAAGAAAAUCGCAUUCUCGGAAAUAACAACAGUAGCAAUAAGAGCAAACAAUAUAUGAAGUAAUAAAUGACUGUUUCCUGCGACUAGACCCAUGCUAUGGCCACCUCCCAAGAUGCCUAUUACCUGUCUCUCCUGGCGCUGGCCGAGAGGUUCCGCACUCAAGAGCCGGCCAACAUCAAGAGGUGCGUGCAGUGUCUCCAGGCGGUACUCACCUUCCGCCCUCCGCCUAAGGUCGAGGCUCGGACACACCUGCAGAUUGCCAACUUACUCAUCCAGUACACGAAUAACACCCAGUUAGCGCAGGAUCACCUUGAGCAAGCA